AUGGCGGCGGUGCAGUUGAGUCUCGGGCUGGACACGGUCGGCGCUGGAUGGGACUGCACGGCGGAAAUGCGGAACGCGAAAUGCGCGAGCGUGGCCGGUGCCGGUGGUCGUCGCUGGAAUGCCUACCGUGCCCGGGGGAUCGGCGCGGCGGGUAUCUCUCCGGCGCGUAUCUCCGGGGUACCGGUCCUCUCGACCGAACGCGCCGUGUACAAUGGCGGGCGACGGCGAUUGGUCGGCCGGCCGCGGGGACGCGGGCGACGGCGGGGCGGAAUACGGCCGGGGGUUGCCGCGGCGGAGAAGGUCACGGGCGGCGGCGACACAUGUACGUGUCGUCGCACCGCACCGGGCAACGACAAUGUUAUAAAUAAUAAUAACCUGACCGGGGCCCGGUACGGCGGCGGCGUUGCGAUAACAAUAAAUACGGACGGCCAGCGGCGGCUGUGA